AAGGGAAGGGAGGGCGCCUCUCGCAUGGAUCCGCUCGGUGAGUGAGGGCAGCGCCGCGCCGCGCCGGGCUGGGCCCUGUGAUGCAGCAGCAGCAGCAGCGGCAGCAGCAGCGGCAGCAGUGUGCGGGCCGGCCCCCCUGCUAGGCGCUCGGCGGACGGGGCGACGGAGGAGGCGCGGGGCUUGGCCCCGCUCCAUGGAGACCAAUGGCAUCACUCACGCCCACCCCCGCCGGCCCCGAGCCCGCCGCCACCCACGGACGCACGCUUCAGCCCACCAUGGCCCCGCCGCCGCCGCCGCUCCGGCCCUCGGCGAGUGGAAAGGUAGAAGGCCAGCCCAAUGGUGACACAGUCCCAGCUGAGCAAGCCAACCCUUCAGAUGACACUGUUGCUGGUGCUGGGAGUCGUCAGAAUGAUCAGAUAGUGCAGAAAAUAGAGGAAGUGCUCUCUGGAGCCCUUGAUACAGAGCUGCAGUGCAAAUCAGAUGUAGACAAAAAUACUGUGAAAAGUAGUACUCAGUCUACAAAAAGAAGCUCUACGGCUGAAGAUGAAAUUCCUAGGAAAAAAUCAAAAAAGAACAAGAAACACAAAAGCAAGAAGAAGAAGAAAAAGAAGAAGAAAAGAAAGAAAGAGAAAAAGCAUAAAAAGCAGCCAAAAGAGUCCAAGUUGAGUACACGUCAUGGAGAACACGCAGGUUUGCAGCCUGUUUCUCACUUGAUGCCAGAGAAAUCAACCUCCAGUGUACAGCAGGGAGGAUUUGGAGAUGCAAAUCUGGCUGUCCAUAUGCAGCCAGAAGAACUGUGCUUAAAGGCAAGUGAGGAGCUUGAUAGACAAGCUUUAGGACUUGUUUCUCAGUCAACAACUGAUUCUCAGCAAUCUACAGAAAAUCUUGGAAGUGACAAAGGGACUCUGUGUGCAACAAAUCCUCCAUUUAAUUUAGAAGGCAGCCAGUGUGAUAUCCAAGAAAAUGCUAGUAUAACUCAAAUUUGCACUAGAGAAGAACAAAUUAAACAGUCUCAUGAAAAUAUUUAUCCUAUAGCUAUUAAUGCAGGUGAAAAGGGUGUUUUUGCUGAUACUGGAAAUGAUACUUCCUCUAGCAUCCCAUCUGGGGUUGCCAGUAAAUCUGAGAUUCAGAAAGAUUCAGCAGCAACUCUAGCUUCAGAGGUUACAGAAGCACUAAAAAGUUCUGAGGUUUUUCUGAAAUCUAAAGGCACUGAGGAAGUAGCAGCUUUAGAUACAGUGCUUGAGUCUAAGACCAUGGAGGUGUUGAAAUAUUCAGAAGCAUCUCUACAAUCUGUGGUACAGGGUGGAGAAAAAGAGUUAGAAGCAACUUCAGCAUCUGUGUCUUGGGGACGUGAUGUGACAAGAAUUCCUGAAUCUGCAAAUCAGGCAGAUCUGAGUACUGUGAAGGUAGCUCACAUGUCUGUGGCCAUGGAAGGAGUGAAAAUUCCAGAAGCAACUGAAAAAUCUCUCAGUAUGGGAAAUGUGAAAAAUGUGGAAAGAUCUUUGGAACUGGGGGGCGUGAGCAGAACUUUGGAGCCAGCCCUGAAGCCCUCAAUUAUAUCUGAUAAUUUGAGUGUGACACAGUGCAGCCCCGCUGUGACCCAGGUGGAAAUACAAAGUGCCAAAAUACCUCUGGGACCAGGAGCUGUUACAAAAGCGAAGGAUACUGAACCAGCUAGAAGAUCCGCGCAUACAGAAAAUGUGAAAACUUUGGAAGAAGCUCUACAGCCAGUUGCUGUAGUAAAGCCCAAAACUUUUGAAACAGUCAUGGAACCUGUGGGUGUUACAGCAAAAGAUGUCAAAGCAGCUCAGGAAUCUCUGCAAGUUGAAGUAGUCAAAGGUGUGGAGGGUACCACUGAUCCUGCAACAGUGCUGAAUGCACCAGGAGUGUUCCUACAACGUGAAGUCUUGACAGAAACAAGAAGUGUGGAUAGAACCCAGGGAUCUGCGCUUCCAGCAGAAUUGACAGAUGUGAAUGUGGUUGCAGAGGCAAAAGUUUUAAAAGCAACUUCAGAACCUGUAGCAGUUGUGCAGACAUUCGUUCCCCGAACAACCCCAGAAAUCCAGAUGGUGCAGGGUUUUAAAGGUCCACAAGCAACCACAGAAGUUGCAGCACUAAUAGGAAUAAAAGGUCUAGAAACAAGUCAAGCUACUCUGCAACUGGAAAAUACUAAUGCUUCAAAAAUUUCAGAAUCUACUCUCAAGCCUGUAGCUGUAACAGAGGCAAAAGAUUCAGAAGGUACUUCAUUACUGAGACAGCCAGAAAUGCUGAGUGAAUCAAAUGUGAGAGAUUUGGAAGCAACUCUCCUGUCUUUGCAGAAAGGAGACGUGGGAAGUCCAGGAGGAACCCUAAGACCAACAGCUGUGGUGGAAGCAGAAACUUUGCAAACAGCUUCACUGUCUUUGCAAAUGGAAGGCGUGAAAGCUUCAGAAGAAACAGUGCAUUCUGAGACUGUGGCCAGAGGUUUAGCAGCAACAAUAGAUUCAGCAGCGGUGUCAAAAGGUUCAGAAAUAAAUCUAGCUAGUAUGGCAGGAGUAGAAGCAGGCUCAGAUGCCAGUCUCCUAGCUAUGAAAGUCAGAUCUGUGACACCAGUGAAAAGUUUGGAAACAACUAUAGGACCUGUAGCAGAGACAGGAAGGAAAGAUUCAGAAGCAGACCUUGACAGAGCCAAAACAGAGAUGAAGACAUCUUCAUCCCACCUGCAUGUGAAAGGCAUGAGAGAUUUAGGCGAUCCAGUGUCUGUAGGUAUGGCAAAGGUACAAGCUUUGGAAGCAGUCUUGCAGCCUGGAACCCUUGCAGUGGUAAGCGGCUUAGGAGAAAAUGUGUGUUCUGAAGCCAAAAUGGGUAGCAAAGUCUUGGAAGCAAGUCCAGGAUGUCUUGCCAUAGAAGAAAGGUCAGAAAGGACUCCUGAAUCUGUGGUUGCAUGUGUAAGCAUGGAACCAUCUAGAGAGUCUGAGGCAGUAGCAGAACUAAUGCAUUUGAAAACCACAGCAGAAAGAGAACCAAAACAUGCAGAACCUCUUGGUGCAAGCAGAACAAAGAGUUCCAUCAUUUCACAGUCUGAGGUCAUGACGCAUACAAGAACCUCACAAACUGAGGUGGUAGGGGAGAUCAAGGAUUCUGAACUAGCUACCAGUUCUGCCACUGUAGAAGUGAGAGGUUUAUCCAGCUUGUCGGAAGUUGAGGCUGUUGCAGAGGUAAAAGAUUUGGAAGCGAGAUCAAAAACUUCACCCUUAACAGAGAUGAAAAAUUUGGAAAUGGUUGCGGGAUCUGAAACGAAGACGCUAAUGCAAGGCUUAGGAAGGACAUUGGCAUCUGAGGUGGCUAGAGAAGUUAGGCAUUCUGAAGUUGCUCCAGAAGAUCCAAACAAAGCAAAGGCAAGGAGCAAAGAAGCAAUACUAGAACCUGUGCAAACUUUAGAAACAAGUUCGAAAUCUGUCCAGGAACAAAUAGUAGGUCAUUCAGAAGCAGUAUUAGAGUCUUUGCCCAGAGUGGAAGAAAAAACUGUGGCAUCAGAAAUAGUGACAGAAGUGAGGAACUUGAGAGGAACUUUGGAAUCUUACAUUUCGACAGAUGUGAGAACUCAGGGACCUACUGUAGAAUAUAUAAUUGCAACGAGGAGGACAAGCACCAAAAGAAAUGAGCCCUUGCUUAUCAAUGUAAAAGAUUUGGAAGAAGCUUCAGAAACAGAGAAAUCAAUGGAAGCAAAAUAUUUGGAGCCAGCUAGAGAAGUGAGGUUGUUGGAAAGUAUGGAAGAGUCUGCAACAGUAGGGGUGAAAGUUUCUGAAACAGUCGAAGAGCCUGAGGUACACAUGGAUAUCCAAGGUUUGGAAACUGGCCAGAAGUCUGGAGCUGUGGGGGCGAUUAAUGUUUUAGAGGAUGCUUCAGAAGCUGUUUCAGAAUCUUUGCACUCUGAAAAGCAAGAACAUCUGCAAGCAGUUCUAGAAGGAAAACCCGCUGCAGAGUGGAAGAGUACGGAAGAGGCUCCAGAAAUAUUGAGUGCUGCAGAAAUGAAGUCGUCUGAGGCAGUUCCAAAACCAGGGGAGAUGAGAGAUGCAGAAACAACACUGGAACAUGAAGUGGCAGCAGAAGCACAAGAUGCAGAAGAGGUGCUAGGUCAACAAAUAGAUGACCUGGGAGUUCCAGGUCAAGCUCAGGAAUGCAAGAUAGUGGUUGGGAAGAAAGAUGCGCAGCAAACUCAAGCAUCUGAGCCUUUAAUAGCAGGAACAGUUUUUAGUCCUUCACAUGCAGCAGAUGAAAAAGAAUCAGCAGGGGCUCCUGAAUCGGAGAUAAUCAGAGACACAGAACAGUUGGAAGCAGCUCAAGCUCAUGUGGCAGAAACAAAAGAUUUGGAAGCAGCUUCUCUUCCUGAGACUGUUGUAGACCUGAAGGAUGCAGAAGCAGCUGCAGGGUUGGAGGCUGAGACAAAAGAUUCGGAAGCAGCUCCAGUACCUGAGACUGUUACAGAAGCAGUUCCAGUACUUGUGGCAGAGGCAGGCCAGUCAGAAGUCAUUCCACAGACUGAGGCUGCCAAAGAAGCAACACCAGAACAGGAGUCAGAGAAAAGAGAUUCAGAAACAUCUGAUGUGCAGCCUGAUGUGGCGGCACGAAUGAGGGAGACACUGAUGAGGCUUGAAAAAGUUAUUGAAAAAAGUAGCCAUAGAAGCAGUGAUAAAAAACAUGAUGCAAAGAAACAAAAAAGGAGUCGCUCCAAGUCUCAGUCCCGGUCUAGGAAGAGGAAGAAAAAGUCAAGGUCACGUUCUACUUCCAGGCGUUUGACCUCUAAAAGAGCACGUUCUAGGAGCAGAAACUAUUCAGAUUCCAGAAAAAAGCAUUCCAAAUCUAGAUCCCGAUCUGUGGAGAAGAGAGAGAGAAGAGUGUCUUCCCGGAGGUCCAGGCGCAGACGUUCCAGGUCAUCCGAUCGUUACAGGUCUAAAUCCAGAUCAGCAGAAAAGAGAGGGAGCAGAUUGUCCUCUGGGAGGUCCAGACGCAGACGUUCAAGGUCUUCUGACCACUACAGGUCUAAAUCCAGAUCAGUGGAAAAGCGACUGUCCUCCCGAAGGUCCAGACGUAGGCGUUCAAGGUCUUCUGACCGCUACAGGUCUAAGUCUAGGUCAGCGGAAAAGCGACUGUCCUCUCGAAGGUCCGGGCGCAGACGUUCCAGGUCUUCAGACCGCUAUAGGUCUAAGUCCAGGUCAGUGGAAAAGCGGCUGUCCUCUCGAAGGUCCGGGCGCAGACGUUCUAGGUCUUCUGACCGCUAUAGGUCUAAGUCCAGGUCAGUGGAAAAGCGGCUGUCCUCUCGAAGGUCCGGGCGCAGACGUUCCAGGUCUUCUGACCGCUACAGGUCUAAGUCGAGGUCAGUGGAAAAGAGGCUGUCCUCCCGAAGGUCUGGACGCAGACGUUCGAGGUCAUCUGACCGCUACAGGUCUAAAUCACGGUCAGUGGAAAAGAGAUUGUCCUCUUGGAGGUCCCGCCGCAGACGUUCCAGGUCCUCUGACCGUUCUAAAUCUAGAUCUAGGUCUUCAGAAAAGAGAGGUGGCAAAGAAUACUCAUGGAGAUUCAGACAUAGAGGGUCUGGUUCCUCUGAUCGUUCGAAAUCUAGGUCAAGAUCUGUUGAGAAGAGAGGUCGAAAGGCAUCUCUGCGGAGGUCUAAACGUCAACGCUCGAAGUCCUCUGACCGUUACAAGUCUAGAUCCAGAUCAGUAGAAAAAAGAGAUCGAAAGCAAUCAUCACGGAAGUCUAAACGCCAGCGCUCAAAGUCCUCUGACCGUUACAAGUCUAGAUCCAAAUCAGUGGAAAAAAAGAAGGAGUCCUCAAGAAAAUCUAAACGUCGCCGCUCAAAAUCUUCUGAACGUUACAAGUCUAGGUCUAGGUCUGUUGAAAAAAAGCGCAAGGAAUCUUCAAAAAAAUCCAAACGGAAGCGUUCCAAGUCCUCUGAUAGUGUUAAGUCAAGGUCCAAAUCUGUAGAAAAAAGAGAGACUAAGUUAUCCUCGGUGAAGUGCAGUAGCAAGCACGUGGAGUCUUCUGAACUUCAGGAGUCAACCAAAUCUCUUGAAAAAGUAGAUGUUCCUGAACCUUCUUUUCCAAGUGAAGACAGCUCCUCAAAAUCUUCUAAUGGUCCUAUGUCAGUAGCUUUGUCUGUCGAAAGAGUAAAUGGCCCAGAGCUGCCACCAGCAUCUGAAAGUGGAUUUUCCAAAACUUCCGAUAGUCUUGAGGAAAGCUCAUCUGUUGAAAAAACAGUGGGUCUGCAGCCUUCUGUGAUAUCUGAAUUUGACAGCUCCAAAACCCCAGAUGACCAGGAAUUGACAUCCAUUCCUGUGGAAAAAACACAGGUUUCAGAGCUUUCUAUGACAUCUGAAAAUGGAUCAGCUGAAAAAGCAGUGGCUCUGGAGUCUACAUCACUACCUGAGCUUACAUACUCCACACCCAAAUCAAGUUCCUCAUCUGUUGAAAAAAGAGGCGAUCCAGAAACUUCUUCAGUAACAGAAUUUCAGCUCUCUGCAUCCCAUGAAGAUGAGUCAAGAUCUGCCUCUCUCAAAGAAAUAGAGGGUCCAGAGCCUCUCCGGACACUUGAAAGUGGAUGUUCUGUAUCUUCUGAUGAUUACAGGACAAUCUCCUCGUCCUCUGGAAAAACAGAGGUUCAGGGGUCUUCUCUGACAUCUGAAAGUGUGCUUUCUGACUUGUCUGAUAGCCGUGAGUUGAGACAUAUCCCUGCUGAAAAAAACGAGCGUCCGGACUUUUUGCAGGUACCUGAGAGUGAAUCUUCUAAGUUGGCUGACAGCCCUGAGCCAAGGUCACUAUCUUUUGAAACAGUAGAAGCUCAAAAAUCAUUUCUAGCACCUGAAGUUACAUGCUCUGUGUUCCCUGAUGUCUGUGAGUCAGCGUCCUUGCCUGUUGAAGAAGGACAGAUGCAGGAGCCUUCUGUGGCUUCUAAUAGUGGAUGCUUCAAGUCUCCUGAUGGACAUGAAUCAGGACCCAGCUUUGCUACACAAAGAGAGGAGCUUCCGUUGAUGUCUGCAGGUGGGUCCUUCAAGUCACCUGAUGGAAAUGAACAAAGACCUUUGUCUGUUGAAAAAAAAGCUCCAGAUGUUUCCCUGCCAUCUGAGUGUGGUCCUGUUGAGAUCUCGGAUGACUUCACUUCAGCGUCAUCUUUUGAAAAAGCGCGGGGAGUUGUACUUACAACUUUAGGACAAAGCUGCAAGUCUUCUGAAGUUCCUGAGUCCAGAUCAUCUGUUGACAAAGAUUUAGAUGGUCCGACACUUUCACAUGUACUUGAAAUUGACUGCUCUGAAUCUUCUGAAAUGCAUGAAUCGAGAUACUUGCCUGCUGGAAAGAUAGAGAGUACAGGAUCUUUCUUGGUGUCUAAAAGUGGAAUUCCUGUGUGCCAUGAUGGCCAUAAAUCAAAACACAAUUACUUUGAGAAAACAGAAGGUGCAGAACUGUCAUUGGCAUCUGAGCUUAGGUGUUCUGUCUUCCCUGAAGGCUAUGAAAUGACAUCCACUGCAGCUGAAAAAAUGGAGCUACAGAAGCCUCCUCUCCCACUGGAAAGUGGGUUCUUGGAGUCUGCUGAUGUUUGUGAAUCAGUAAGCACACCAACUGAAAAACUGCAGGCUCCAGUGACUUCUCUGACAUCUGAAGGUGGGCUUCUCCUGUUGCCUGAUAGUCAUGAAUUGAGAGCUAUCCCUGCUGAAAAAGCAGAGGUGCACAAGUCAUCUGAACUGAAAUGCAUUGCAUGUCCUGAUGGCCACAGGUUGAGACCUGCCUAUGAUGAAGAAAUACAGGUGCAGGAGGCACCUCUGAUACUGGAAAGCAGAUGUUCUGUUCCCUCUGAUGAUCAUGAGUUGACAUCCAUCCCUUUUGAAAAAGCUGAGGUAGAGGAGCCUUCUGAAAUGUGUGAAAAUGAAUAUACAAUCAGGCUUGACGGUCCGGGGUUUACAUCAACCCCUGCUGAAAAAAGAGAGAUGCGGGAACUUUAUCGGGUGUCUGAAGAAAGAUGUUCAGUGUCCAUUGAGAGCCAGGAGUUGCGGUCACCCCUUGUUGCAAAGGUAGAAGUGCAAGAACCUGCUCUGACAUCUGAAAAUGAAUAUACUGUAUCUUGGGAGGGCCAGGAGCUAAGAUCUAGCUCUCCUGAAAAGGUAGAGAUGCAGGAGGCUUCUGUAGCACCUGACAAUGAACAUGUGUCUUCUGAAGAUCACGAAUUGCCAUCUUCCCUUGCUGAAAAAACACAGGUACAGGAGUGUUCUCUGCUGUCUGAAAACGAAUAUGCUGUAUCUCCUGAGGGCCAGGAGAUGACUGCCAGUCCUGCUGAAAAAGAAGUGCAAGAGCCUUCUCUGCCAUCUGACAGUGAAUAUACCAUCUUCCCUGAAGGCCAAGGAUUACAGUCUACCCUUGCUGAAAACACAGUGGUACAGGAGCCAUCACUAAUAUCAGACAGUGAAUAUGCUGCAUCCCCCAAAGGGCAGGAGUUGCUCUCUUCUCUUACUGAAAAAACAGAGGUGCAGGAGUGUUCUUUGCUGUCUGAAAACGAGUAUGAUGUAUCCCCUGAAGGCCAUGACUUGAGAUCCAGUCCUGUUGAAAAAGAAGAAAUGGAGGAGCCUUCUGAAACAUCUGAAAGUGAAAGUUCAGUGUCCACUGAUAGCCAGGAGUUGCAGUCUACCGCUGUUGGAAAAGCAGAGGUGCAGGAGUUGUCUUUGAUGUCUGAAGGUGAAUGUGCCCUGUCCCCUGAAGGUCAGGAGCUGCAGUCUAGCCCUGCUGAAAAAGUAGAGGCUAAGGAACCUUCCCUAACAUCUGAAAAUGAACAUGCUCUGUUCCCUGAAGAGUAUGAAUCAAGAUUGACCCAUGCUGAGAAAACGGAGGAUGUGGAUUCUUCUUUGACAUCUGAAAAUGACCAUACUUUGUCUUUCGAGAGCCAGGAGGUAAGGUUCACCCCUGUUCAAAAAGCAGAUGUGCAGGAGCUUUCUCCAACACCUGAAAAUGAACUUGACGCAUCCCCUGAUAGCCAGAAGUUGAGAUUCCCCACUAUUGGAAAAGUAGGUGAUCUUGAACCUUUGACACUAAAUGAUAGAGCCUCCAUGUCCCCUGAUGAUAGCGAGUUGAAAGCCAUCACUGUUGAAAAAGCGGAUGAUGCAAUGCCUUCUUUAAUGCCUGAAAGCAGGUGCUCCAUGUCUCCUGAUGGCUACAGUGUGAAAUCUGGCCCUGGUGAAGAAACAGGGGACCUAGAGCCCUCUUUGAUGUCUGAACGUAGGCAUUCUGUAUCCUCAUAUCAGGAAGGUCAUGAACUGAAAUCCCCCAUGGAGGAAGAGGGUCUGGAGUCCUCUUUGACUUCUGAACAUAGGCGAUCUCUGUCCCCUGAGGGCCAUGACCAGAAAUCUACCAUAGAUGAAGAAAUGGAUGAUCUGGAGCCUUCUUUGACAUCUGAACAUAGGCGCUCCACGUCCCCUGAUGAGCACGAGUCAAGAUCUAGCAUUGGUGAAGAAGGAGAGUAUCUGGAGCAGCCUUUGACAACGGAACGUAGGUGCUCCGUGUCUUCUGAUGAGCAUGAGUCAAGGUCUACCACUGGUGAAGAAGCAGAGGAUGCAGAGCCCUCCUUAAGAGCUGAACGAAGAGACUCCACAUCCUCUGAUGAGCGUGAGUCAAGGUCUACCACUGGUGAAGAUAUAGAAGACAGGGAGCCCUCUUUGACAGCUGAACGUAGGCAUUCCACAUCCUCCGAUGAUCACGAUUCAAGGUCUACAACUGGCGAAGAAAUAGAAGAUUUGGAGCCGCCUUUGACAGCUGAACAUAGACGUUCUGUGUCUCCUGAUGGACGUGAGUCAAGGUCAACCACUGGUGAAGAAGCAGAGGACCAGGAGCUCUCGUUGACAGCUGAACGUAGGCACUCCACAUCCUCAGAUGAACAUGAGUCGAGGUCUACCACUGGUGAAGAUGUGGAGGAUAUAGAACCCUCCUUGACAGCUGAACGAAGAGAUUCCACAUCAUCAGAUGACCAUGAGUCAAGGUCUACCACUGGUGAAGAAGCAGAGGAUAUGGAACCCUCUUUGACAACUGAACACAGACGUUCCACAUCCCCCGAUGGACGUGAAUCAAGGUCUACUACUGGUGAAGAAGUAGAUGAUGCGGAGCCCUCCUUGACAGCUGAACGAAGAGAUUCCACAUCGUCAGAUGACCGUGAGUCAAGGUCUACCACUGGUGAGGAGGGUGAGGAUGCGGAGCCCUCUUUGGCAGAUGAAGAUAAACAGGAUUCCAUGCCUCAUGAGAGGCUGGAGGAACAGGACUCUUCCUUUAUACCUGACAGUAGGCGUUCUGAGUCUUCUGAACGUGAAAAAUCUAGGUCCAAAUCUGUUGAUAAAACAUCUGACAAAGAGUCUCCAAGAAGAUCAAUAAGCAGGCACUCAAAAUCUCCUACUCGCCAAAAGAGUCGAUCCACAUCUGUUGAAAAAGUGGCAGAUAAAGAGUCUUCACGGAGGUCUAGGCGUAGGCGCUCCAGGUCUGCCGCUCGCCAGAAGAGUAGAUCCACAUCUGUUGAAAAAACAGCAGACAAAGAAUCUUCACGGAGGUCUAGACGUAGACGCUCCAGGUCCACUGCUCGCCAAAGGAGUCGAUCGACAUCAGUUGAAAAAGCAGCAGACAAAGAGUCUUCACGGAGGUCUAGGCGUAGGCGCUCCAGGUCCACAGCUCACCAAAGGAGUCGAUCCAAAUCUGUUGAAAAAACAGCAGACAAAGAAUCUUCACGGAGGUCUAGAAGCAGACGCUCCAGGUCUUCUCAGCACAGAUCCCAGAGAUAUGAUACAGAAUCUCGCUCCAGACGGAAUCGCUCCAGAUCAGUAACACGCAGAAGAGCAUCAAGAUCAAAAUCUAAUCGUCGCUCUCGAUCUAGCUCAUUGUCGCGUUCAAGGCACAGAAGGAGGAGUAGGUCAAGGUCAGCAUCAAGAAGGCGGCGUUCUUUAUCAAGAGACAGGCGUAAGAGAUCUCAGAGAAAUAGGUCGAGAUCUACUGACAGAAGAAGAAGAAGAUCAGAUUCAAGAGAUCGUAGAAUAUCACUCAGAUUACGGAGCAGGAGUCGGACACCUAUUCGUCAAAGGCGAUCAAGGUCAAGAGGAAGAAGACGGAGCUCUAGUAGAUCACCAAUUCGACUACGGCGAUCAAGAUCUUCAGGAAGAAGAAGGUACAGCAGAUCACCUGAUCGUCGUCGGUCGAGGUCAUCAGAACGAUUUUCAAGCAGGUCACCUAAACGUCUUACAGACUUGGACAAGGCCCAGCUACUUGAAAUAGCAAAAGCUAAUGCAGCCGCCAUGUGUGCUAAGUCUGGUGUUCCCUUACCACCAAGCCUGAUGCCUUUGUUAUCUCAAAAGAAAGACGACAAAGCCAAUCAGAAGUCAUCAAGAGAUACGCUAAAGGAGCUCACUGAGAAAUGCAAGAAGAUUGCUCAAAGCACAGAUGACGUGAUAGUGAACAAACCUCAUGUUUCUGAUGAAGAGGAGGAAGAACGUCCUUUCUAUAAUCAUCCUUUUAAGCUCAGUGAACCAAAACCUAUUUUUUUCAAUUUAAGUACUCCCAGCAUAAAACCAGCACCACCACCACAACCAAAAAAUCAGGUCAGCCUGUCAAAGGAAUUUCCUGUUUCAUCUGGGUCUCAACAUCGGAAGAAGGAAGCAGAUAGUGUCUAUGGAGAAUGGGUUCCAGUUGAAAAAGGCAAAGAAGAAAGCAAGGAUGAUGUUUUCCCCAAACCAUCCAUUGAGGGUGUGGACAUAACUACAGCUAUGAAUGAUCGAGCAGUGGCUCAGAAAAGGCUUAAUGAAAACACAUUUGAUUUAGAGGCCAUGUGCAUGUUGAAUCGUGCACAGGAACAGAUUGAUGCCUGGGCUCAAUCAAACUCCAUACCUGGCCAGUUCACGGGAAGUACUGGAGCACAGAUACUGUCCUCGGAUGAGCUGACCAACAGUGGUCCCCAAGCAUGGAUUAGAAAGGAUCAGUUCUUAAGAGCAGCCCCUGUAACUGGAGGAAUGGGAGCUCAGCUGAUGAGAAAAAUGGGCUGGAGAGAAGGAGAAGGGCUUGGAAAAAACAAAGAAGGCAGCGUUGAGCCCAUUAUGGUCGAUUUUAAGACAGAUCGGAAAGGGCUUGUUGCUGUGGGAGAGAAGGCACAAAAGAGAUCUGGACAUUAUGUUGUGAUGAAGGAUCUUUCAGGUAAACAUCCAGUCUCUGCAUUGAUGGAGAUCUGUAACAAAAGAAGAUGGUCACCACCUGAGUUUGUGUUGGUGGAUGAUAGUGGGCCUGAUCAUCGCAAACAUUUUAUCUUUAAGGUGAGAGUCAAUGGAAAUGAAUACAGGCCUACUUUUGCCAGCCUUAAUAAGAAGCAUGCUAAAGCCACAGCAGCAACUGCGGCUCUCCAAGCGAUGGGACUUGUACCAAAGGAAAGCAUGGUUAAUACCACCAUGUUUAGGAGUGCCUCACACCGCUAGAUAUUGUUUUUUAUAUUGACAUUAUUUCAGAUAAUUUUACUCUGCACAAAAAUGGUAUUUGCCCUUUCAUGUUGUAAAUACAUUGGCAAUUCCCACGUUGUAAAAACUGUACAGACACCUUCAGGUUUUUCUUUUGUACCAUCAAAAUGUAUUUAAAUCAUACUUAGUUUUUGGUAUGUUUAUAUUGUUUACAUUAGUGAUGUAAUUAUUUCUUAAAUGACUAAAUCAGACGACAGACUCUGGAGGCAUCAGUAAUCUAAACCCUGGUUUGAAAACUCAUGCGAUUUCUCUUCAAUACGGAAUGUUAACACUUUCAUACUGUUUUGUACUAUGCUGCAGUUUUCCCUGGUCUCGGUAAAGCUACUCUUGCACUUUUGCCGACAGCUGGUCCAAGGUCGUGCGGCUUAACCUUAGUCUAGUCAAGGCUGGCGUGUACUGCUGGACAGAUACUGGGCCAGUACUGUGACCCCUGUGAGGAGGUGCGCGGUGGCAGCCCUGUUGUACAGCGUUAGCACUGCGGCUUCCCCUUGCAUUUUCUUUGGGGGUUUAACUCGGUGGUGCACUGCGACUGGCCAUACAGCCCAUGCUCUAGGACGUACGCGAUUAGGCAAAAGACUUGCUUUCAAACAGAUGGCAAAGUCCAGCAACAGAACUGAUGAGACUGGCAAUGUAAAGGUGACUCUCCCUGCAUGUUCUGAGAAGGGAGGGGAUGGAGUUGUCUAUUCCAAACAAAUUAACACACUGCCUGAUGUUGAUUGUAUGAAUUUGUGGUUAAUGUGAAUUUUAAACUCUAACAAAUCUACAACUGGAUUUGGGGGGGAGGGAGGGGAUAGAAUGAUGCUUAAAUUGUUGUACCCAACUUGGUCAAUAAAGCAGCACAAGUUCGUAAUCUUAAUCACUGGUCAGUAAACAGUAAUUAAAACGUAUGCCAAAACAACGUUUUGAAGAAACGCAGAGCAUAGAAGUAUGCUUUAUGAAGAUCAUCAACAGUUGUAGUCCUUUUUGGUUGCUUUGGACUAUUACCAAAUUAACUCCUUGGGCUGAAUUUUUCCGUGAUGGUACUCUGCCCUCAAGGAGACAGCCUAAUCCAGAGUUUUGGCAGUUUGACAAGGGAGAGGAAGUAGAAAGCUUUUCCUCCUCCUUUUUUUUUUUCCUCUCUCUUUUUUUUUUUUUUUUAACUUAAGUAUUAGUACUUUAGCUACGUGCACUUUGAAUUGGAAAGGGCAUUGUACACCUCUUGCCAGAUCUGUCUGAGUUACAAACAGAUUGCCAGGAUUUAUGGACUCCAGUUGUUCAUAGAAGUCUCUUUGAGGUCUCUGUUACACCUACUGACCAGAAAUUCGUCUGGGACAGGAACAAAGUACAGUUUGUACACAGGAAGGCCAUGCUCAGGCCUAAAGCAAUUGACCGUUGCAAUGGUAGUAGGGAUGUUGAGGUGAAGAAUUACUAGUACCUCUUCUUCCACGAACUAAGGUGAUUUGUGUGUAUUCUGUCAACUGUUAUGGAACAAGGUGUCUGUCUCUCCCCUUAGGGGACAAGGAUCAAUGUCUCAUGUUGUGUACAGCAGAGAAAUGGUAUUUGGUUCCCCACCACACACUUCCAAGAACUAAAGCCCCUUACUAGUCUGUCAAAGCGCUCUAGAAAUGCCUAAGUUAACCUUGAUUUUCAUGGACGUAGUUGUCUUUUAAUUAAAACUUUUUUCCCUUUG